CAAACAGUUGGAUCACACACGCUCAGAAACCUCACCAGCAGAGUCUAGACUGGAAAAGAAGAACCGACGACCACAGUUUAGGAGGAAACCGGAGCUCCCGGAGGAAACCCACACAGACACGGGGAGAACAUGCAAACUCCACACAGAAAGGACCCGUAGAGACGCCUAUUGGACACUAUUGGACCCCUGAGCAAGGCCCUUAAUCCUCAAUUGGUGUCACAGUACUGUAAGUCAACUGAGCGAGCGUCCUGCAAAGAUCACACCCAAAGCUCAGCUAGAAGUGCAGAUGGAAACAGAGAGAGAAAAAGAUCAUCACGCCGCUGAAACACGCAUGAAAAACAUAUCGGAAUCCCCCGGAGGCCUUCGCACCGGCAGCGUUAGACUGCAUUGCUGCGUUGCCGGAGCUGUUAUCAGACGCUGGAAGAGUCACUCAGCAGGUGAAGGCGGUCCACGCACACAGCAGAGAGAUGAGCGGAGAGAGUCCGGAGGUGACCACCCCCCCUCCUCCCGGCGCCGGACAGAGGGAGAGAUAUUUCGACCGGGUGGAUGAAAACGACCCGGAGUACCAGCGCGCCCGGAACAUGCCGCCCGAGCUGCGGCAGGAUUUUAACAUGAUGGAGCAGAAGAAGAGAGUCACACACAUCCUGCAGAGUCCUUCGUUCAAGGACGAGUUAGAAGGCCUGAUCCAGGAACAGAUGAACAAGGGCCAGAACCCGACAGGACUCCUCGCCCUGCGCCAGAUCGCCGACUUCUUCAUGGCCAGCUCCGUCGGAGGCUGUCCCACGUCCCCCAUCAGUUUGGGAAUGGUGUCUCCUAUAAACGACCUGUUUCAUGUGGAUUCGGCCUCCAUGGUGAAGGGAGAGAAACAGGCUCGCUGUAAACUGGCCGCUCUGUACCGACUCGUCGAUCUCUUCAGCUGGGCUCACUUCUCCAACUCCUAUAUCACUGUUCGUGUCAGUAAGGAACAGGAUCAUAUUCUCAUCAUCCCCAGCGGACUCUCCUUUGCCGAGGCUACAGCUUCUAAUCUGGUGAAGGUGAACAUUUUGGGAGACGUGGUGGAUCAGGGCUCCACCAACCUGCAGGUCGACCAGUCCGGCUUCAGCCCCCACGCUGCCAUCUACUCCAUGAGACCGGACGUCCGCUGCGUCGUUCACCUGCGCUCUCCCGCCGCCGCAGCCGUAUCAUCCAUGAAGUGUGGCCUGCUCCCCAUCUCUCAGGAGGCUUUGGUCCUCGGGGACAUCGCCUACUACAGCUACAACGGCUGUCUGGACGAGAAGGAGGAGAGAGCCGAGCUUCAGAAAGCACUCGGACCCACGGCCAAGGUGCUGGUCCUGAGGAACCACGGCGUGGUGUCAUUAGGAGAAACCAUAGAAGAAGCUUUUCACUACAUCUAUACGGCCCAGUACGCCUGUGAGAUCCAGGUGAAUGCCUUCUCAUGUGCUGGAGGACUGGAGAACCUGAUCGUACUGGACACUGAGAAGUUUAAGAGCCGGACGCGGGGCGUGGCCGACGUCGGGGUCAGCAUGGGCUCUCAGAACAAGUGGAAAGUGGGAGAGCUGGAGUUCGAGUCCCUCAUGAGGAUGCUGGAUAACAUGGGUUACAGGACAGGCUACACUUACCGCCACCCGGUGGUGCGGGACAAGCCCAGGUACAAGAGCGACGUUGAGAUCCCGGCGACGGUGACGGCGUUCACGCUGGACGACGUGGGCGACGCCCCCAGCCUGCACCACCGCCUCCUGCAGCAGAGGCAGCAGAGGGAGAAAACACGCUGGCUCAACUCGCCCAACUGCUACACCAAGAUCAACGUGGCCGACGGGGCGGGGCUCGAGGAGAACGGCCGGGUCAGAACCAUGUGGAUGAAAUCAGAAGAUGGCAGCACGAGCAGCGGCACACCCAUCCGCAUCGAGGAUCCCAACCAGUUCGUUCCUCUCAACACCAAUCCCAGUGAGGUGCUCCAGAAGAGGAACAAGAUCCGGGAGCAGAACCGUUUCGACAUGAUGUCCGCCGGCCCUCAGUCUCACUUACUGGCUGGAAUUGUGGUGGAGAAACCGCCGCCGUAUAUGGGAGGAGACGACGAGCAGCUCGAGCCGUUACCCCCCAACCCGUUCGACGAACUUUCUCAGAAGGAAAAUCGCCAGAAUCAAGGGGAUCGCCACCAGCUGGGCACUGAUGAAGAAGAUCAGGAACAGCUAACGUCUGAUGAUGCUUCCACCCUCUCACCGUCCGCCUCUCAAUCACAGUCCCCACUCCACACUCCCGCCAAAGAAGAGAACCACAAGAACAUUUUCCUGAACGGUAAAGGAACACACGAUGAGGAUGAUGUGGACGAUCUGAAGAAGCUGGUGGGGAGUCUGGAGAUCACGGGCGAGAAGAUCGAGGAGGUCCUGUCCCCCGGCAGCUCGCCCUCCAAAUCACCGGGCAAGAAGAAGAAGAAGUUCAGAACGCCGUCCUUCCUCAAGAAGAACAAGAAGAAAGAAAAAGUCGAGGCUUAGACACAGAGCCCACCUUCUGCCCACUUUCUGCCAACCCUCUGCCAGCCCUCUUACAGUCUCUCAGCUCACCCUCAACCUGUCUCUCUGUCCACCCUUCCUGUCUCUCUGCCCACACUUUGCCCGUCUCUCUGCCAAUGCUCUGUCUAACCUCUGCCCGUCUUUCUGUCUUUUUCUCUGCCCACCCUUUUUCUGUGUCUUUGUCCACCCUCUCCCCGUCUCUCUGCUCACCCUCUUAUGGUCUUUCUGCCCGUCCCUCUGUCCACACCCUCUACCCGUCCCUCUGCCCACCCUCUCUCUGUCCACCCCCUCUUACAAUCUUUCUGCCAACUUCUUGCCCAUGUCUCUGCCCACACUCUGCCCAUUUCUCUCCCAGUCUCCACCCUCUGUGUGUGUGUGUGUGUGUUUAGCAUUUUUCUAAGUUCAGAGGUUUUUGCUUUUAUCAGAACUUUUAACAGACUGGCACAUUUUGGGGAU